CGUCGACAGUUGUCGCACCCGCUGUCUUUUCACCCCUCGCCGGAGCCGCUGGCCCACGAUGGCAGAGAUGGCUGCGCCAUCGAAAGGUCAAGGGUUGAGCGCCACAGGGUACUAUGAUCCCGCUCGAAUCGAGGUGAUGCUGAAAUCUCAGUUGGCGGAAUUGUACGGAAUCAUUGCCAACUACAACAGGAAGACCAUGGACUUCUGUAUGCACCACUACGAAACCUGCAAGCAAGCGGAAAUGGAAAACCAUGAGCUGCGGACCAGGCUGGCAGUGGUCAGGGACAGUGUGUCAGCCAAGGGGCACAAGGCAGACCCUUUGCAGACGCUGAUGUCUCGACAGCAUGUGCAGGCCACGAAGUUGUUGGUGCGCAAGGACUGCGAAGCACGCAGCGCCACAGCGGAGAACGCCCUGCUGAGGGAUCAGUUGAUGCAGACGACCAGGAUGGUGCACCAGUUAGAGGAGGAACGUCGAGCUGUGACGGCAGAUGCCAGUCCUCAUAUGUCCUUGGACGAGAUUGAAAAUUCACCUCCUUCCCCUGCGGGCACUGUGGCAUUGGGCAGGCCGUUGUCAUCUCCCAAGGAGGCCUUUGAAAGCAAGGCUGCGUCAGCAUCGCUGUCCAAUUUGUCAACUGCCAAGAACGCCUUCUCCAUGCCAGCCCGCAGAGGUGAUUUAGUGCAGGAGAUCAAACUGCCGGGUCAGCCUUUCGACGACGGAGCCAUCUUUCGUUCAGACUCAGAGGACACGACUGAAUCAGAGGAGGAAAUGCAAGAUGGACAGAACGGUGUGCGACGCAGAUCUGGAGUUCUGGACAUGAAGCGCCGCUUGCAACAUAUGCUGGCAUCAAGCUCCACCAACGUGGCGGAUCUGUACAAAAGGACUGGCUGCGCCCAGCGAAUUGCCCGGCAUCCUUGGUUUGAUUUCGCUGUGAUGUUUGCAAUCGCUUUGAACUCCAUUUGGUUGGGUAUCGAUGCGUCAUGGAACGACUCGGAUGUGCUCAUUCAAACCGAUCCCAUUUUCCUGGUGGUUGAGAAUUUGUUUUGCUUCUUCUUUGUCCUGGAACUGUCGGUACGCUUCGGAGCUUAUGAAAAGAAGAUCUCAGCCUUUCGAGACUGGGAGUGGGUUGUAGAUUUGGUUUUGGUCAUUCUGAUGGUCUUGGAAAUAUGGGCUUUGGCGAUUAUCCAAUUGGCCUUGGAAUCGACAACACCUUCAACCUUCAACCCGGCAUUCCUGCGCCUGACGCGGAUCUUCAAAUUCUUCCGCAUGGUGCGGCUGGUGCGGCUGCUGCGUUACAUGCCGGAAGUGAUCAUCCUGGUGAAGGGCUUAGGAGUGGCAUCCCGCUCUGUCUUCUUCACUCUCUGCAUCCUCGGGCUUUUGAUCUAUGUUUAUGGCAUAGCCUUCAAACACCUUUGCAAGGACACGAAAGUUGGCGAGACAUAUUUCCUCACAUUGACGCAAUCGAUGUUCACUCUAUUCUACAGCGGAUGCUUCUUCGACAACAUUUCCAUCUUGGCAGAGAUGAUGUUCCAAGAGAGUUUCAUCUAUGGCAUCUUGCUAAUGACUUUUAUAUUACUGGCCCCGCUGACCGUGAUGAACAUGUUGGUGGGCGUUUUGGUGCAGGUCUUGCAGGUGCUGUCGCAGGUGGAGAAUGAUGCAAUUACCACGGCAUUCCUUCAUGAACAGACGCUGAAGAUCUUCAAUGCAAUGGACUUGGACAACGACGGAAAUGUUGACAUCGAGGAGUUUGCAAAGCUGGUGAAACAGCCCAACAUGGUGAAAGCUCUACAUGAAGCCGAUAUCGACGUUGCGGCCCUCAUCAAUGAAGCAGACUUGAUCUUCAACGGCCAGGAGCGUUUGGACCUGAGCGAGUUCGUGACGCAGAUCCAAGCCUUCCGACGAACCAACUCAGUGACCAUCAAGGACUUACUUCAGUUCCGGAUGAUGGUGCGCAAAGACACCGAAGAGGUGUUACGGGCGCAGAAUAAGUCGCUCCAGAAGUCGGUGAGGAGGGCGAAUAAGAACCGACUAAGGUAACAUUUUAAGUUGCAAUACUUGCUGGGUGGAUUUCUGAGUUCACCAAACACUGAAG